AUGGAAGCGCACGGCCCGUGGCUCCCGAUCACGUCCCCGCGCACGCUCCGCGCGUGCAAGGACUUCGAGACGCGCCCCACCGACGUGUUCGUGUGCUCGUACCCAAAGUCCGGGACGACGUGGACGCAGAACGUCCUCGCGCAGAUCAUCACCGCGCUCGAGACGACCGCGACGUUCGCGCACGUCAGCGACGUUUCGCCCUUCUUCGAGGCCUCGUCGUCGUCGCUGAUACCGUCGAUAUGCGCGAAACACGAGACGUACGGCCGGCGGUGCUUCAACACGCACCUGCCGUGGGAGCUCGCGCCGCGAGGGGCCAAGUACGUGUACGUGUACAGAGACGGCCGAGACGCCGCGGUGAGCUUCUAUCAUCAUCUGCGCAACCAAUCCGUCGACGACGGCGGGUUCGAGGGCGGGUGGGACCGCUUCUUCGAGCGCUGGAUCGACGGCCAGAUCGCGUUCGGGUCGUGGUUUGAGCACGUCCUCGGUUGGGGCGCCGCGGCGGGCGAGGGCGCGGACGUUCUCGCGGUGGGGUACGAAGAGCUGGUGAGAGACUUACGCGGCGUCGUCGAGAAGAUCGCCGACCACGUCUUAUUAAACGCGUCGCCGGCGGACCGAGGGCCGCGGUUGACCGAGGCUCAGCUGGACGCGAUCGCCGCGAAGUGCGGAUUCGACGCGAUGAAGGCGGACGUCGAUCGGUUCCAGCCGAGAAGCGUGAGGUGGCGCGACCCGGAGUACUGUUUCAUUCGAAAGGGCGUCGUCGGCGAUCACCGAACGACGAUGACGGCGGCGCAGUCGGCGGCGUUCGAGGCGAAAGCGGCGGAGGCGUUCGGACCGAAAGGCGUCGACGACGCGCCGCUGUUUAAGAGCAGAGCCGCACCUCGAGUCGACUCGCCUCACUCGUAG